UGGAGAAGCCGCAGGGACCGGAGAGAGCAGCCGCUCGAGUUUGGGGCGCGGAGACGCCCCGGAGCCCGGUUUCGGCGACCCCACUAUGUGACGUGAGCAAGGACUCGCCCCCUUCCUUGUAUAAAUAAGCCACACGGCCGACCGCGCUUCAUUCAUAAGAUUUCACCCGCGACGGAGACGGAGCUACGAGGGACCCCGGCGGCGGAUCCCCCUUUUUGCCUGCAUCCCCGUGGCCGCCGCGAUCUGAGCCGAGGCACCGGGCUUUGUAGGCGUUGCAGAACCGGAGGCAGGAGCGCUCCUCCCGGGAAGCCGAGGACUUGAGCGGACGCUUCCACCGGCGGUGCCCAGCCGCUGCAACACGUGGAUCUAGGACCGGGAGACCCCCCGGAGCUCGGGGCGCCGUCUCCCCCCCAGGCACUGACAGCCGGAGGGGGAGGAAGAAGGAUCGGCCAGCCGGCCCCGCUCGGAGGAAACUUCGCCGGCCCGACCUCGCGGCGAAGGGGGCGGCAUUUUCGGCCGGCCGCUCGCCCGCCGGCUGGCCCCGCUCGCCCCUCGCCUUGGCUUCCAGGCGACCGCCGCGCGGCCGUGGCCUCCUGCCUGGGCCCCCGAGGGAGAUGUAUCAGGGCUUCCCCGGAGACUACGACUCCACCUCCCGGUGCAGCUCGUCCCCCUCGGCCGAGUCCCAGUACCUCUCCUCGGUGGACUCCUUCGGGAGCCCCACCGCCGCCGCCGCCGCCGCCGCCGCCUCCUCGCAGGAGUGCAGCGGCCUUGGGGAAAUGCCCGGAUCUUUUGUGCCAACAGUGACUGCCAUAUCCACAAGCCAAGACCUCCAGUGGCUGGUGCAGCCUACCUUGAUUUCCUCCAUGUCUCAGUCGCAACAGCAGCAGCAGCAGCAGCAGCAACAGCAGCCUUCCGGGCUGCCCCCACCCACAGUGGACCCCUAUGACCUGCCCGGUCCCAGUUAUGCUGCCCCCGGAAUGGGUGCCUAUGGAGCUGGCCCUUCGACUGCCCCUGUGCCUGAGGCCACCCCGCCUCGGUCCAGCAGGGCCCGGCCCCGAAGGACACGUGAAGAAACGCUGACCCCCGAGGAAGAGGAGAAGCGCCGGGUCCGCAGGGAGAGGAACAAGCUGGCGGCCGCCAAGUGCCGGAAUCGACGUCGAGAACUGACCGACCGGCUUCAAGCGGAGACGGACCAGCUGGAGGAAGAGAAAGCUGAGCUGGAGUCCGAGAUUGCGGAGCUGCAGAAGGAACGGGAGCGGCUGGAAUUUGUCCUCGUGGCUCACAAGGGCACCUGCAAAAUCUCCUACCAGGACAUCACGGAACUGAGUGGGCAGCCCGGCCCCUCGGCAGAGGUCAGCGCCCUGGCCAUGCCGGUCAAGGAGGACCCGUUUGGGCCCCCGGCCUCCUACUCCUCAGUGCCCCUGCAUUACCAGCCGGCCCUGGGCGGACUCCCGGCUGCAGCCCCGGCCCCGGCGGAGGUAGCGUUUUCUAGUUCUUACUUUAGCCAUGGUGAGGAGCUGACCGACCCGUACCCGGUUAACCCUUCCUAUACGUCUUCGUUUGUGUUCACCUACCCAGAGGGAGCCACCUGCGGAGCCAGCCACCAGCGGAACGGCAGCAGCGACCUUUCCCCGGACUCUCUGAACUCCCCCUCGCUCCUUGCUCUGUGACACUCAAACCCACAACUUGCGCCUUUGGGUCUAGCCUGCCAGCCCACCCGCCCCCUGCCAACGCUGGGCUGGGUGAAGGGGGCCGGAGCCCCAAUGCGCCUGGGCACACCGCUAACCCGCUCUGCUGCCGCUGCGGCCACUGCCUCCAGCCCUCGCGAUGCGUUCUCAGUCCCUCCUUGGGGGUGCAGCACACAGCGAAGCGCAUGGUUGUCCUUUGGCCCUCUCCUCGGCCGGUUCCCAUAUCGGGAGGAGAAAGGAGGACUUUUCUGGGGUGUGAGCCGGAUCCCCCUCCUCAGAGGGUGCCCAGCCCACCUUUUCUCCUGGAAAAAAAGGAUUUGCCUUCUACUGAAUUGGGACGCUUGAUGGAUCUGGACGACGCCAUUUCCCUCCACACUUCAUCGCUGUUUCUGCCAGUGGGGGAUGCCCUGCGGAGAGGAAAACUCAAGGGGGGGGAGACCCUCCCUGUGCUGCCCCCACCCAGCUUGUGUCUUGUGAUGGCUUUGUGAAUGUGUUAGCUGCAUGGUUUUAAAACAGGCACUUUAUCCUUUUCGCUAGUCAGCUUCCCAUCCUGAGUGUUUGAUCUCUGAUGAGAGUGUCUGAUCUCUCUCGGGCUCCGUUUCUACAGGAUCUGCUUCCACUAGGAUAAAAAAAGCCACAUUAAGUGGCCAGUCAGGGCAGACUUUUUGUGGAUUAUUUGGGCACAUUCCUGCUGAAAGCUUUUGCCAUGUUAAAGUGGGCCAAACCGUUGCAGCCUUGAUUCUUAAUUUUGCCCAUGAACUUCUGCAAAUGGCAAGGCUGCUCUUGGGCAUUGGGGUUUUCCGAGGUCGAGGCGAUGUUUCUUCAGUGGGCAUUCAACUCUCUCUCUGAAACCUUCAGCCAAGCAAAUUAAUUGUGCCAUCGAGUCAGUGUUGACUUUAAAGAUCUACUCCGGUUUCCAGUUUUGGAAAUGGGAGUGAUGGCGAUAUAAAAAAAAAAUUAUCUGGGGGGGAAAGGGCUUUGGCUUUGAGACACCAAAGGAAAGGGGGACCUGCAAAAAAACACCCCCCCAAAGCAGCUGAGGCUUUUCCUGCAGUGCUGUUGUAGGGGGACUGGCCACUCUCUUCCAGGCCCAGGAGGUGCUUCCAGUGAGUCCGGCCAUCCGGUGGGCUUUCUGCAUUCUCUGAAAGGGAUCCACUUCCCUUUGGCCACCUCCCUCACUCGGUUUCUUUGGUGGGCAAAAGCAAGAAGGGUCCUAGCUUCCAGGAGGGGUGGGGGGUGGGGUGGGGGGGUCGGCCUGGGUGACAAAUACUGUGAAAGGACCUCUGCAAGUGACCGCUUUCCCUGAACCUGUGAACUAGGUUUCCGCUUCCGCCAGCUGGACCUCAUUGCAUUCUCCCACUUAGGAUGGUCAGCUGCUGCCCCUCUGCUCUCCGGCCAGGCUUCUGGGCUGCCCACCUGUCCCAAGAGGGGUCAAUCUCUGCUGCUUUAGACUGGUAGUGUGGGAUGUGACCCCUUCGAUUCUGCUCACUGCCUCCCCCUCCCACUGCUGCUUUUCCAGGCCUGUGUGGCACGUAAGCUGGUUCUCCUGGCCAGGAGGCUUCCUUGCCCCACCCCUGGGAGGCCUCUUGGGCCAGACCCAAGCUGUGCCAGGUGCGCCUUCUUAGAGAGCAUCAGCACAUCUGAGCAUCCCACCCAAGAGCCGCUUUCCGUUUUGUGCUGGCGGCCCUCCACUGCUCUGCAUUUGUGGGGUGUUUUGUGCUCUGUUCUGUGCCUCCGGCUAAGCUCCCCUCAAGUGUCUUUCUGGACUGAGAGAGCUGCUGUGCUGCUUCUUGGCUCCCCAGAGCUCGCCAUGACGCUAUACAGAAAGUUUCCAAAACUUUUUCUUGCGACCAAGCUUUGGAUGUUGUGUGUGUUUUUUUUUUAAUUAUUUUAUUUUUUUAACCUAUGGACUUUUAUUUAACCAGCC